ACACUUCUCGAACAAUACAAGAAGCGCAAACACACACGAACAAUACAGAGUGACGACUGUCAGGCUCGUAGCUGACGGGUUUAGCGGCACUGUGCCUCACUUCUGUCGGUCAAUCGUGUUGGAUGAUACGGUCUCCCGGAGUACACCGCGUCUUGACAAGUCGCAUGGACUUCGGAGAUGGCGUCUCUUACGUCUUCUAGACCGAGCCAAGAACCCUUGUUGGGCUUCCCUUUUCUGAAACCAGAUGAAUUUGACUAUGGGUGUCGCGUCUUAUGCGAUCGAUUCCAUGCAUGGCAGAUCUCGAGCCUGGGCACAGGGCUGUCGAUUCAGUUUGUACAUCAACAGACAAGUGAUUCGAUGCUCAAGAUAUCACGGCAUAUUGAAAAUAUCGGUGUUCACGACGAAGAAAAUGCAUUAAUGCAUGAACCCGAGGAUCUUCAAGAACCGCAGCUGGAAGACGAUUCCGAACAUGAUCCUGAAGCUCUCAUUCGCGCAACCGAACCCAAUGCAUCCUUACAGGUGGAUUAUGAUAUCGCCCUCUCUCCCACGUAUCAAGUUCCCGUCCUGUACUUCACGUUACGGUGGACAAAUCACAAAGGUCCAGUGCUCGGAAUAGACGCGGUUUACCAGUACUUGGUGCCGGACGAGUAUCGAAAGCAAUUGAAGAGUGUCGGUAUUAUAGGUGGUAUCAGUUUCGAUUAUCAUCCAAUAACUGGCGCGCCCAUGUUUUUCGUCCAUCCUUGCAAUACUGCGGAUGCCAUGAGACACAUCGCAGGGGGGCAGGAUGUCACACCCGAGACGUAUCUCGUCAUCUGGCUCGGGUUGGUAGGACAUUGCGUUGGCUUGCAUAUGCCAUCUGAGCUUUUUGCAACGGAAGCAGGUGCAAGAACCCCAGAACGCCUUGGACAACAAUAACUUUGAAGCAGACAGAGUAAAAGUCAUCUUCGCUCUUCUUUUUUCUUUCCUUUGUCUCCCCUUUCCCUUUGCCCUCUCUCCAUUUCCUCCUAAAAUCGGCUACACACGAACGUGGUAGACCCAGAUUACUCUUCAUCAGACGAUGCUUCCAUUGGAACGUCACUAUCCUCAUCCAUUGGUGCCUCCUCUUCGUCACUUUCUUCCUCACGCUGUCGCUUAACUCCCUGGGCUGCC